UCACCACCCACCAGGUGGCGUGCGCUUGGCCUUUUCCCCUCCAACGUUCCAAUCGAAAUUCUCCGUAACGCCCUCAUCUACUCCGUGCAUUAUGGAGCAAUGCCCCAUAUCGCCCGCUGCACAGGCAUAAAAAACUCGCAACCGAAUCAACAGUCACCACAAUCGCAUGCCUGUCACCUGCUCGGCAGCCGUUCCGCAAGGAGCGAAAAACGAUCAGCGCCGAACCCUGGACUCGUCUCUUUGCCAGCUUGGAGGCUUUGUCUUGCUUCAACCCUCCUCCGCCAGAUCUAG